AUGGCAUCCAAAAUUAUCCUACUCGCCGCCUACGUCGCCGCUGCCCAAUCCUCAGGCCUAGCCUACUCCGGACACUACGGAAACGCCGCCGGACCCGCUCUUUCCUACACCGGACAUUUAGGCACAUACUCAAACAAUUUGGGAUACGCCGGACACUUAGCAUACUCCAACUUGGGAUACGCCGGACACUUGGGCUACGCCGCCCCAUUGUCUUACGCCAAGCACUACACCAGCAAAACCUACGCCACUCCUCUCAUCACCAAAGCCUAUACCGCCCCAAUCGCUCACACCUACGUCGCCCCAAUUGUCACCAAAGCCUACGCCGCCCCAGUUGUCCACAACGCUGUCGUCAAGACCAUUUCUGAAGAGCCCACCGUCUCCGAAUACUCGACCUUCGUAAAGACCGCUCCAGCUUUUGAGAAGACCCUUGUCCACCACCAGGCCCCAAUCGUUCAGGAAAGAGUAAAACAUGUUCUCCGUGAAAGGGUCACUCCAGUUGUUCAUGAAAGAAUCGCCGCUCCAGCUUUGACCUAUGCCGCUCCAUCAUGGUAA